AUGACGUUACGAACGACCGGCGUAGUUGUUAUUAAAGAAAAACAUAUAGGUAUAUCUACUUUUAAAGAGAAGACCUGUUUACGUGUACAUAAUUUAGAAGAACCAUGCACGCUCCGCUUCCCGUCCACAAACAUACGCCUGGAAUUCCAAUCGCUGGUGGAGGAAAGUGGUGCCGGGGGCAGCACUGCACCGCCUCUCCCUCCCCUUCGCAUCACCAUACCUAUGGACAGUGAUGGACGGAGCCCUGCACCUUCUCCUACAGGCACGAUAAGUGCGACAAACAGUUGUCCGACAUCUCCGCGAGGUGCCGGUUCCUCGGGUCGCCGUCACGCCGACCUCGGCCUGGUUGCGCAGUAUGCCGUGCUUGCUGAACAUCAGAGACCCACCUCUAAUGGAAAUUCGGCUUCAUCAACGUCCGAAUACAGCGGACGCGAAAGUCGCGACGUCCGCGAACGCGAGAGGGGGGAGCGCGGAGGGGAAGACGCGGCGAAACCUCCGUACAGCUACGCGCAGCUCAUCGUCCAAGCUGUGGCCUCAGCUGCGGACAAGCAGUUGACGCUCAGCGGGAUCUAUAGCUAUAUCACCAAGCAUUAUCCGUAUUAUCGCACGGCUGAUAAGGGAUGGCAGAACUCUAUUCGGCACAAUCUUUCGCUCAACAGAUACUUCAUAAAAGUGCCGCGCAGCCAAGAAGAGCCGGGCAAAGGCAGCUUCUGGCGCAUCGACCCUCAGAGCGAAGGCAAACUCAUAGAGCUGGCCUUCCGUCCCCGUCGUCCGAGAGGUGUUCAGUUCCGAGCGCCAUUUGGUCUCUCCUCACGGAGUGCUCCAACGUCUCCGUCUCAGGUGGGCGUGUCUGGCCUGGUGACUCCCGAGGAGCUCUCCCGCGAACCCACGCCUGACCUCUUCACCGGGGAUGAGAAUGAUCAUCAGGGCCAGCAGCGGCUGAGCAGCAACAACAACAACAGCCACUCCACUCAGUACUUGUUCCCGCAACGCUCCGGCGUCAGCCAGAGCGCGCCGGGAUCACCUGGCGCGGGAGGAUCCUCGUUCAGCGGCGGCAGUGGGCUGGUGAUGGCGGGGCAUCACAUCACCGUCGUCACCAACGGCGCCGGAGGGGAACGGGAAGAAAAGUACGUCGUCGGUACGACCGGAGGCAAUCUGGUGUCGAUCCCCGAAGAAGAGGUGCAAGCUACGCUGCUGCAUCAGCAUUCUCCAUACUACGGGGGCUACGGCGGCGAAGAAGGGUGCGGGGCGUUAGGCGGAGAGCUCGUCAUCGAGGAGACCACGGAGGAGCCACCGCACAAACGGAACAAGCACCGACAUGUGUCGGACAUGGACGACCGGCGCGCGUAUUGA